AUGGAAUUCACCCUAGUCAAACAAAUGAAACGUGGGAUGAAAACAGCAGAAGGCAAUGUUUCCACCAUGACACAAUAUGUACUUCUGGGAUUUUCUGACCUUCCAAAUCUCCAAGGGUUUCUAUUUGGAGUGUUCUUCAUAAUUUACAUAAUUAUUAUAAUUGGAAACAGCCUUGUAAUAAUAGUAACCAGACUCGAUCCUACAUUACAGAAACCCAUGUAUUUUCUCCUGGCAAAUUUUUCCUUUUUGGAGAUUUGUUAUGUAUCUGCCAUUCUCCCCAGGAUGCUACUUAAUCUUUGGACUCAGCAGAGACGCAUUUCUUUGGGAGAAUGUGCCACUCAAAUGUGCUUCUUUCUUAUGCUGGGCGCCACUGAAUGUUUCCUCCUGGCGGUGAUGGCUUACGACCGCUAUGUGGCCAUCUGUAACCCUCUGCACUAUCCUCUAGUCAUGAAUCAAAAGAUGUGUACCCAGUUAGCAGUGGGUUCUUGGGUUAUUGGAAUCCCAGUCCAGAUAGGAUUAACUGUGCAGAUUUUCUCUCUGAAUUUUUGCAAAUCAAACCGAAUUAAUAGCUUCUUCUGUGAUACUCUCCCUGUGAUCAAACUUGCCUGUGGAGACACUUUUGAUAUUGAAGUGUUUGUCUAUGUAGAAACUAUGCUGUUUGGUGCUGUCCCUUUUAUGUUAAUACUCACGUCCUAUAGCAAAAUUAUUUCCACUAUUCUGAAAUUGCCAACAGACUCAGGAAGAGCAAAAGGUUUCUCCACAUGUUCUUCUCACUUGCUGGUUGUUGUUUUAUUCUUUGGAUCUGCAACCAUCACCUAUUUAACACCCAAAUCUAAUACUUCCGCAAGAACAGCCAAACUACUCUCCCUUUUCUACACCAUUGUGACUCCCAUGUUUAAUCCCAUGAUAUACAGUCUUAGAAACAAGGAUGUCAUUGCUGCACUGAGAAAAUUUCUUUGCCAAGAGACCAUUAAAGCAUUGCAGUUUCUUCUCUUUCUCUCUCUCUCUCGUCCGGAUACUAUUAAAAUUAUUGCUUAUUAA